AUGUUGAAAGAAUACAAAGUCCCUUUCGAGCUGAAUAACCCAGAGCUGCUCAAAUAUGACUCAUUUGUCAACAAUGAGUGGGUUCAUUCAAAGACCGGUGCCAGGUUUGAAGUCAUUGACCCUGCUACCGAGGUUGCAUGGGCUAGCUGCCCCAUAAACACCGUAGAUGAUAUUCCGCAUAUUGUCGAGACUGCACAGGCGGGAUUUCAGAAAUACUCCAAAGCAAGCCCUCGACAACGGGCCGACUGGCUCUACAAAUGGUACAAUCUCAUCCAAGAAAACAAGAUGGACAUUGCCAAAAUCUUGACCCACGAAGCCGGCAAGCCAGUCAGAGAAGCAGCAAUAGAGAUCGACGUCUUCUCAGCAGGUAUACGGUGGUCCGCCGGGGAGGCAGAACGUAUUGAAGGCACCAUCACAAACUCCUCAGCUCCUCCUGGUCGUCGAGCGCUCACAAUCAAGCAACCCAUCGGUGUCACAGUUGCGCUGAUACCAUGGAACUUCCCACUUGGCAUGCUUUUUCGUAAAGCUGGCCCCGCGCUCGCGGCUGGAUGUUCCAUGAUCGUGAAGCCGAGUCCUGAGACACCCAUCAGCGCAUUGGCUUUGGCAUACCUGGCCGAAAAAGCUGGUUUCCCACCUGGCGUAUUCACUGUGCUUACAACCGAUCUCAAAAGUACCCCCUCUGUUAGUGAAGCUCUCUGCAAGCACCAGUUCGUAAGGAAGGUUACCUUCACUGGAUCGACGCGCGUGGGCAAAAUCAUCGCUGCCCAUUGUGCCGAGGGUGUUAAGAAGGUGACUCUGGAGCUAGGUGGGAACUCUCCAUUCAUCGUCUUUGACGAUGCCGGUCUUGAACAGGCUGCUCUCUCACUGAUGGUUCUUAAAUGGAUGAAUGCUGGCCAAGCGUGCGUUUCCGCAAACCGUAUCUUUGUUCAGUCGGGUGUAUACGAUAAAUUCAUAGCUACCCUGCAAGAACACGCCAGUAAGAUCGUUGUCGGCCACGGUGCUAUCCCUGGGACAACUAUGGGUCCUCUAACCACUCCUCAAAGCCUUGACAAGGCCUGCAACCAAAUCGAAGAUGCCAAAAAACUGGGUGCUAGAGUAGUUCUGGGCGGCGGCCGUGUCUCAGACAAGGCGGGAUACUUCUUCCAGCCUACAAUUCUUGCGGACAUGAAGCCCAAUAUGCUGAUUUCUCGCGAGGAGAGUUUUGCUCCUAUCGCCGCCCUGUACAAGUUUGACACCGAGGAAGAAGUUACCAAACAGGCCAACGAUACGAGCAUGGGUCUGGCUAGCUAUGUAUUCACCAAGAACGUCGACCGGCUCUGGCGCAUGUUUGAAAACCUAGAGGCUGGUAUGGUUGGUUUGAAUGCUUCGCAAUCGUCAACAAUGGAAACUCCAUUUGGCGGAAUUAAAGAGUCUGGCUAUGGCAAAGAACAAGGCAGGGCCGCCAUUGAAGAGUACUUAAUCACUAAAACUGGUGUACUGGCACUGGAGGGCCAUUAUUGA